UUGUUGCAGUUGGCCAUUUUUCUUCUUUUACUUCCUCCUGCUCUUCUUCUGGUGAGCUCAGAGAGAAAGAGAUGGGGUUUCAGAAUGAAAAGAAAAUGAAAAUACUGUGCCUCCAUGGAUUUAGAACCAGUGGAAGUUUUCUCAAGAAGCAACUUAGCAAAUGGGAUCCUUCUAUUUUCCAUCAAUUUCACUUGUGAAUAUGUUUGGGAAAAACAUUUGCAGGAAUUCCCAGAUGGAAUUUUCCCAGCUAAAGGCAAAUCAGACAUAGAAGGCAUCUUCCCACCACCCUACUUUGAGUGGUUCCAGUACAAUGAGGAAUUCACAGAGUAUACAAAUCUCGAAGAAUGCAUCUCUUAUUUGUGUGAAUACAUCACAAGUAAUGGUCCUUUUGAUGGUUUGCUUGGCUUCUCUCAGGGUGCAACACUCUCAGCUCUGUUGAUUGGCUACCAAAUUCAGAAAAAGGUGUUGAAAGAACAUCCACCCAUGAAAUUGCUGGUAUCAAUAUCAGGGACAAAGUUCAGAGAUCCAACCAUAUGUGAAGUUGCUUACAAGGACAUUAUCAAGGUGAAGUCAGUUCAUUUUAUAGGAGCCAAAGAUUGGUUGAGAUUGCCUUCUGAGGAACUUGCCACUGCCUUUGAUAACCCUCUCAUCAUAAGGCACCCACAAGGCCACACUGUCCCAAGACUUGAUGAGGAAGCUACAGAGAAGCUACGAGCUUGGGCCACAGAGAUCAUCGAAUGCAACAGCAAAGUUUUGGAGAAAGAAGAAGCUAAGGUGAAUGAAGAGAAAAAGCCAGAAAUGCCUGACAAGAUAGACAAGCAAGAGCAAACUGCUGCUUCUAGUUUCAACCAAAGGGCCACAGAGAUCAUCAAAGAAGCUAAAGUGGAUGAGGAGAAAAAGCAAGAAAUGGCUGAAAAGACUAUUUAAGCCUUUAGUACUGUAGCUGGUCACUGGUUAAUGAAUUAGAAUAAGAUAUUAUCCGUGAGAGGAGUGUCAUAUUCUUGAUAAACCUUUCAUUGUAUUGGAUAUUCAUCUUAAAGAACUUGAUUAAGAUUAAAUACCAUCAAAUAUUACUAAGAAAA